AACGGGCGGAGACAAGAGGUAUCGUUCGACUUUGAAGACUCCUUUCGCGCGUCUGGAGAAAAGGAGGAAGACGACGACAACGACGACGAGGGCGGCGUGUUGUUUCCCUGGGAGGAUGAGCAGACGCUCAUAGCGGAUCUCUCGUAUGAUGGGUGAGCAGGGAUACGCAUACACCCAGUUUUCCCCGUUCUCAAUGCCUCCAAGCCGUGUCGAACCAGAUGACGAGGACAUUGUUAAGCUCAUCGACUCGCUCCAAAACUCUUUUACGCGCUACUCCAAGACGCUUGUUGACGACAUCGCCCAGACGCUUGUUCCUGCUGUCAGACGCGUCAAGGAAGCUCACCACCUUCUCAACACCCGCGUGGACGAGGAUUUUGGCAAGGGGCUCUGGGAGUUCCAUGACACGUGCAAGAAGAUGGAAGUGAUGACGUUGAGGAAUGAGGAGGAGAUACGAGAAGAGUAUACGGCUGCGCAGACGCGCAUCGCGGAUAUCAUGGCCCAGCUUGAGGAUGCGUAUGCUCAGAGGGACCAGCUCUGGGUCGACUUUGAAGUCAAGUUCAGUAGCAUUGUGGACCCGACGAUUGACAUGCUCAAGGAUCUUCCUGUCAGAAUGGAACGUGCGAUUUCAGAGGUCGAGAAACAGAGCAAGAAACUGAACAAGGACGACGUCGGACCAGAGCAGACGCUCAAGGACCUCUUGGCCAAACUGAAUUAAGUUGUGCUUACUUGGACGUGCUUCUUGCUGGCGUUGGCGUUGCCCUACUCCUUUGCCUCUAGGGAUUUUCUGGGGGUCCGAUAUGCUUUUGAACUCUGCUUGUAAACUGUAAUCGAAUCGUGCUUGGAUUCUUGUACCUUGUCAUACGGUCUUCAUGCCUCACCCUCUCGUUAUGCUGUCAGUGAUAGAGGCGACCUACUUCUCCCGGGUUUCGGAACUUUUUUUCUCGUC